UCAUUAACAAAACAUCAUUUAUCAUCUGUGUUUCUUUUAAUUAUUGCUUUCUUCCCAGCAUAGUUCAGGUGAUCAGAAGCCAGUGUUAUUUAAUUUGCUGAUUCUCGCAAAAAAUGGCAUGCCAUAACCGCAGGGAGUACUUUCCACCACAGACUCAGGACCAGCAGCCUGGUAAACAAUAUGUCAUGCACCCACUUCCACACUCCAUAAAUCCUGAUUACAAGCCUUCCAACAAGCUCCAUGGAAAGGUAGCUCUGGUGACAGGAGGAGACUCCGGUAUAGGAAGAGCUGUAUGCUACUACUUUUCAUUAGAGGGUGCAACUGUGGCCUUUACAUAUGUGAAAGGUAUAGAGGAUAAGGACAAGGAUGACGCCCUGGAGAUGGUUCGGAGGGUUAAGGUAAAGGAUGCAAAAGACCCUAUUGCUAUAGCUACUGAUAUUAGAUAUGAAGAGAAUUGCAAGAAGGUUGUUGAUGAAGUUGUGAAUGGAUAUGGGCGGAUCGAUGUUCUUGUAAACAAUGCUGCUUUGGAGCACUAUACUUGUUCUAUUGAAGAAAUUACUGAGGCUGAUCUUGAGAGUUUGUUUAGAACCAACAUAUUUUCUCAGUUCUUCCUCGUCAGGCAUGCUUUAAAGCACAUGAAAGAAGGAAGCAGUAUCAUCAACACGACAUCUGUCUUAGCCUAUACAGGCGACCCUAACUUGCUGGAUUAUUGCUCUACUAAAGGAGCGAUUUUAAGCUUUACGAGAGGUCUAUCAACGCAGCUUAUAGGGAAAGGAAUUCGUGUCAAUGGUGUAGCACCAGGUCCUAUAUGGACGCCACUGCAACCGGCAUCUUUGCCUGCUGAGGAGGUUGCUAUCUUAGGGAGCGACACGCCAAUGGACAGAGCAGGACAGCCUUAUGAGGUUGCACCUGCAUAUGUUUUCUUGGCAUCCAAUGAAUGUUCCUCCUACAUCACUGGCCAGGUUAUACAUCCUAACGGUGGUAUGAUCAUCAACGCUUAAGUUGGCCUGCUCAAUGGGUGCUUCUGAACUAUUUUCUUUUCUUGUAUUUGUUUUGCUAGUGCAAAAUGUAUACCUAUAAGUUUGUACUGGUUGAUAAAUAAGAGGUAAUGAGUUCAGUAACUCAUUUCACUGAAUAAUAAUACAAUGACUAGUUUAUAAAUUUUA